CCAGAAGCAGAGCAAUAUAAACAGAUGAGAUUAGUGGGGUAAUUCAAACUGAAUUCGAUCACGAUUAUUAUUAUUAUUAUUAUACCAAUCCAUGAUUCAAAAACAUGACCGCAGUGACCGCCGGUUUCUGACAUUCCCGGCGGUUCAUCCCUGCUCGGCCGUAUCUCCGGCGACCCUUCUCGACUCUCUCAUCUCUCUGUCUCGUAGCAUAUGCAGCUACCAAUCCAAGUUCUUCCCGACCCAACGAAAGAUCGCCCGCGAAGCGCUCCGCCAGGUCGCGAUCCUCCUCAUUUUCUUCGAGGAAAUCCAAGAGCGCGGCCGGCCGAACUUGUCGGACUCCGCUGUGCUCUGUUUCUCCGAGCUCCACCUCGCCCUGCAGAAAGUCCUGUUCCUGCUCCAGGAUUGCACCCGGGAGGGCGCCCGGCUACGGGCCCUGACGAAAGCCGGUUUCAUUGCGACCCAGUUCCGGGUUUUGAUUCGGACAGUCGCGACUGUUCUCGAUGUCCUUCCACUCCGCACAAUCGACGUGUCAUGCGAAGUCAAGGAGCUAAUCGAAUUGGUUGCCAAGCAGGCGAGGAAGGCGAAAUUGGAGAUCGAUCCGGAAGAUGAAACAGCGAUGAAUCGAGUUACUUCGAUAUUGGAUGGAUUCGAGAACAGAAUCAAGCCAGACAGGAGAUCUGUCGAGCCAGUUCUCGAUUACCUCGAGAUUAGAAGUUGGAGCGAGUGUCAAAGUGAGAUUAAAUUCUUGGAUGACGAAAUUUGUUUACAAUAUCAAGAUGGUAACGAGAGAGAGCUUCCUCUGUUGAGCAGUUUAGUUGGAUUCAUGUGCUACUGCAGGGGAGUCCUGUUCGAUACAGGGGAGUACGGGACAUUCGAUCAAACAGAUCGCAUGUGUAAUUUGGAAACGAUUCCGUUUUUAAAUCCGGAGGAUUUCCGGUGCCCAAUUUCCCUCGAGCUGAUGAACGAUCCGGUAACGGUAUCCACCGGGCAGACUUACGACCGGGUUUCGAUCCAAAAAUGGUUACAAGCUGGAAACCGCCUCUGUCCCAAAACAGGGGAGAUUUUAUCAAACACAGAGUUGGUGCCCAAUUCCGCUCUCCGGAAGCUAAUCCAACAGUUCUGCGUCGAUAACGGGGUUUCCCUCUCCAAAUCGAGGAAGAAGAAUCGCGACAUAACGAGGACGAUUGUCGCCGGAAGCCCCUCGGCAGCCGAAGCAAUUAAGUUCCUCUCCGUGGUCAUUUCCAACAGGAUGUACUUCGGAACGGAGGAGCAGAAAAACAGGGCGGCUUAUGAGACCCGAUUGCUAGCAAAAUCGAACACUUUUAAUCGGUCUUGCUUAGUCGAAUCGGGCACGGUGCCGCCUCUGUUAAACUUACUCAACUCAACCGAUCCGUCGGUUCAAGAGAAUUCGAUUUCGGCGCUGCUGAAGCUCUCGAAGCAUUCCAGUGGCAAGAAAGCGAUCGUCGAAAACGGAGGGUUGAAGCCAAUCCUGAGAGUUCUCAAGAACGGAUUGAAGUUGGAAAAUCGACAAAUAUCGGCCGCAACGUUUUUCUACCUCUCCUCGGUUCACGAAUACCGCAAAUUGAUCGGUUCGACGCCCGGUGCUAUACAAGCUCUGGCGGAUUUGAUCAAAGACGGUACGAAUUGCGGGAAGAAGAACGCGGUCGUGGCGAUUUUCGGCCUCCUGUUACACCAUUCCAACCAUCAAAGGGUGCUCUCAGCUGGGUUAGUUCCAAUUCUAGUCAACAUCCUAGCUUCUUCAAACGUAGAUGAUCUCGUAACAGAUUCAUUAGCCGUUCUAGCGACGUUAGCAGAGAGCGUGGAAGGAUCGGUUUCGAUUCUCCAGACGUCGCCUCUUCCGAUAGUAAUAUCCACUCUGCAGUCCUCGACCUCUCGGGGACGAAAAGAGUACUGCGUCUCGAUUCUGCUGUAUUUGUGCAUGAAUUGCGGCGUGGACGCAAUGUCGGAUCUGGCGAGAAACCACCCUUCGCUCAUGCCGCUGCUGUAUUCGCUCACGACGGAUGGGACUUCCCACGCGAGCAAGAAAGCGCGGUCGCUCAUCAGAAUGCUCCAGAAGUUCCAAGAAACAAGCUCUUCCGGGUUAAAAAACAGUGCAGUUCCACAGGAGUGCUUCAUCCAUGUCCGUUGAACCCUAAUUUUUUUUUUUUCCCUUCAUUUUCUUGAUGACAUUAGUCUUUGUAUGUAAGAUACAUACAUAUAUUCUUGUAUGUGGGGUUUGAUUUUUGGGUAACCCCUUUUCUGUUACGAGGUUGGGUGUGGUUAGCUCGAAUUUUUUUUGAAGAGCUGAACUCCGCGCUCGUGGAGCUAGAUUGUAACAUACAUUUGUUCAAUACCAUGAUUUUGGUAGUGAUAAAUAAGACAAUGUGAUUGUAUUCA